AUGAACUCUACCCCAUCCAUCUGCGAAACGGAGCUCCCCCACAUCAUCGACCUUAUCUUCCGCUACGCGUCGAUUGGCACGCUUCUUGCACUCCGCUCCGCAUGCCGGGAAUGGCGCAAACGGGCUGACCGACAACUGUCGCACCACCUGAUUCUCUCCGAAGGCGGCCCCGACAAUCCCGACGGUCUCAUCACUGUGCGCAGCGGCUUGACCUCUGGCGGCAGCAUCACGAUGACGCCAGCCUCCUUCCGCCGCUGCUUCACGCAACAAUGGCCCUGGAUUGAAUCCACCCUCAUUCUGGACUUUGCCGGUCCGACGCACACGAAACAGACAAAGGGACUCUUGUACGCCUGGACUGAUCGCUUGCGUAUUGUGCGCUUCUUGUCCAAUUGCGAAGACGUUGAGCGCUUUCCACCCCGCUUCGAUCGGGCGGUCUACUUCUCCCCCAAACUUUACGAUAUCAGGCCCCGCAAUGCGGACACGGUUGUUCUUCAUCUGACAGAGGCGGCUAAGUACGAGGGAAGGAUCGGAAUUGGACUUCUGACUGUCAACGAGGUCCUUGUAGUCAUUCAUCCGUGGGAGACGGAUCCGCUCCCUGACCAGCAUGCGCCUCGGAGUGACGCCGAUCUCCAAACUCUGGUCAAGCUCAGCUUUCAAGAGAAGAUGGGUGAUCUGUACGCGCUGGCCGAACUCGCCGACGGGACAGCGGACGAAGAAUACUUUGGCGGCGGGUACUUUGAGCAGUUCGGAGUGCGCCUUGAGAUCAUCGGAAUGGAAAGCAUGACGCCGGAGAUGAUGGGCUUGAAGCCCGAGUGGACGAAGGGAAAGUCUGUCGCGGAGCUGGCAAAAGAAUUCCUCUGGCGCGAGUUUCCGAGGAUGCAGUGGCUCUUGUUCUGGUCUGUCGAUGACUAUCGGAGUCGCGUCGGACAGGAGGAAUUUAAGGCUCACAUGAUGGAGGAGAUGGGGUGGCGGCUGCCCCCCGAGAAGCUCUGGUCGGGUUUCCGCACGAUACAUUCCAAGACAUGGUGA